AUGUCUUUGGAGGUGGAAUCAGCAGAGUAAGUAGCCCAGCUAAAAAAAUGAUCAUUUCUUUGUCAUUUGUGUGAUAAAAUCCCUCCUAACAUCACAUUAGAUCGCAGUUUUAAUGAGUGAGGCCUGGUUCAUCCUUUACCUUUGGCGCUGAGCUAAGCUAAAAGCUAACUCGGAAAUGUGGUAAUUUCAUGGAUUUUUUUCUGCUUUAUUAUCAAGAGUAUGUCGUAUUAUUAUAACAGGGAAGUUGUGCUGUUAUAAAUUGUUCUGUUUAGAGUUAAAGUGAGGGUAUAUGAAGGGGCAGAUGAAGUUAGUUAACGGUAACGUAACCUAAUGUAGCCGAGAGGCAGCCAGAUUCUGAUCUAAUCAGGGAUAUAAAGUGGGAAAAGUAUAUUUCAAAGCUGAAAUUUAGGGUAAAAAUGAAAGAGAUUAUAUGUAAAUUUAAGAGGUUUCAUUUGUCCUGACUCUAAAGUCACUAAGAUAACCGGUGACAACCAUGUUGGUAAUGUUAAAAUGACUUGAUCUUAUUUGUGAGGUGUUUGAGUUCCCAAGAAUAUAACUGUUCUAAACAAUCAGAUAUGAACUUUUUAUUGUCAUUUUGUUUAUGUUGUUUUGUUAAUUUUUACCAGAACCUGCUCUCAUGUCCAUUUUGAAUCUUAUGUUUUGUUAACUCAAGUUCCCUGUCAUCUAUACCGUUCAAGUAUACAUCAACUUCUCAUAACUGUUGGGACAAGCGAGCUUUUUCCCUACAGCAGUCAUGUAACAUCAUACUGACGGGUGUCUUUUCUGUCUCCGUUAGCGUGAUCCGUCUGAUCAUGCAGUACUUGAAAGAGAAUAGCCUGCACCGGACUCUGGCGACUCUGCAGGAGGAGACCACGGUGUCUCUGAACACUGUGGACAGUAUCGAGAGCUUCGUGGCAGACAUUAACAGCGGCCACUGGGACACUGUCCUGCAAGCUAUCCAGUCCCUCAAGCUGCCAGAUAAGACCCUCAUAGACCUCUAUGAGCAGGUGAGAUAUGUGAACAUGUUAUCUUUAACUCUGUUGCUCUUUAUGAAGUGAGGAGAAGCUGGUUCAUGAUUCCUGGAGUCACUUUGCCUCUAAAUCUGUCUUUGUUGUUUCCUGAGCAGGUUGUGCUGGAGCUGAUCGAGUUGAGAGAGUUGGGUGCAGCCCGUUCACUCCUCAGACAGACCGACCCCAUGAUCAUGCUGAAACAGACCCAACCGGAGAGGUACAUCCACCUGGAGAACCUGCUGGCUCGCUCUUACUUUGAUCCCAGAGAGGUGAGUCCAAACAAGACCAACGUCAUCUUAGGGAAACUGAUACCAAACAUACAGAUAAACGAACUUAUUAAAACCGUUAUCAUUAUUUAGUUUUGUUCGUUGUGUUUCUUGUUCUCCAGGCGUAUCCAGAUGGCAGCAGUAAAGAGAAGCGGCGUGCCGCCAUCGCACAGGCCCUGGCAGGGGAGGUCAGCGUGGUACCGCCCUCUCGUCUCAUGGCUCUGCUGGGACAGGUAAGCUUCUCUAUAACCUGCACCUCUCGUGAUGUUUACUCUCGACACAGAGACUCAACCCUAAAGGCUAAUAGCAGCCUCAUUAUUUGUACUUAUGCCUGAUAAUCAAUGAGCUGUUUUUAUGUUUGUGUUCUUCUCCUUUAGUCUCUGAAGUGGCAGCAGCACCAGGGUCUCCUGCCUCCUGGUAUGACCAUCGAUUUGUUCAGAGGUAAAGCUGCUGUCAAAGAUGUGGAGGAGGAGCGAUUCCCCACCCAGCUCAGCAGACACAUCAAGGUACAGACGCUGGAGAAACAACCUUACAAACCUGUAUUUCACUUUCCUGGAGGGUUUCGAUUUGAGUUGUUUUUGUUCUCUGCACAGUUUGGACAGAAAUCUCAUGUGGAGUGUUCCCGGUUCUCCCCUGAUGGUCAGUAUCUGGUCACUGGUUCUGUGGACGGCUUCAUCGAGGUCUGGAACUUCACCACCGGCAAAAUCAGAAAGGUAGCGCAUUUCAAAUGAAGACCCAAACACCACAAUCGCUGUCUGGUUGAAUAUGACCCCACCUCUCCCACUCCUUCAUUUCUAAAUAACUCAUAAUCUUAAAAAAAAAUUAAUGUCUACUUAACGUCUCCUGCAGGAUCUGAAGUACCAGGCUCAGGAUAACUUCAUGAUGAUGGACGAUGCCGUGUUGUGUAUGUGCUUCAGUCGAGACUCAGAGAUGUUGGCAACCGGAGCUCAGGACGGAAAGAUCAAGGUGAGGCGAAACGGUUUACUUUUGUUCCCCUCAUGCUUUCAUAUCCUCGGUUUAUUUUAUUGUGAACCUCUCAAAAAAGGCUGGUUUGUGAUCCAUGAAAAACACAAUAGUCCAUUUGAUAUCCAAACACCUGACAGUUCUAGCAAAUUGCCUUUUCCUUUCCUGACACUCAAAACGAUUAUUUCCUCAAUGAUUUUUCUGUCAUCUCAGGCAUUUUCCUCCUUAUUCAAAUACCGUGGAUGUCUUUGUUCCUAUUGUUGUGAAUUGCAGAAAUUAAUCUUUUCAGACUCAAAGUAAUGUAAGCUUUUCUUGAAUGUGUGUGUGCAGGUGUGGAAGAUCCAGAGCGGUCAGUGUUUGAGGAGAUUUGAACGUGCGCACAGUAAAGGAGUAACAUGCGUCAGUUUCUGCAAAGACAGCAGUCAGCUCCUCAGCGCCUCCUUUGACCAGACGAUCAGGUAAACAAACAGACACCUUCACUUUGAUUCAUCACUUUUAUUCUCAGGGGUGUGUUUCUCUGGGUUUAUGACUCUAAUGACAUUCACUCGUCCACGUGGAUGGUUGUUGGUUUUCAGUGUGCAGUACUGGUGGUUUGUUUACAUCUCCUAAGCCGCUGUACUUCAAAGUAUGUCACACAUGUCCGUCAGCUGACAGAUAAAGACUCAGAUGUUGCUAUGGUAAAACUAGCUUGACUUUUUGCAGUUUAAGACCCCCUGUAAUUUUUCAGGUACCAGAUGUAAACUAAGAAAGUUAGAUGUAAAAACAAAGUUCACUAAGAGGAAAAAAGGAAGCGUCUUAAACAUCAGGAAAUGAUGCAGAAAUGACACAGUUGGUGCAGAAAAUAAAACCAAAACUCAUCACUGUUAUUGUUUUAGCUUACAGGAACCCCCCCCUAAAUGCACAUUUUUCUCUCGUUGUUGUAGAAUCCAUGGUCUGAAGUCAGGUAAAACCCUCAAAGAGUUCAGAGGUCACUCCUCAUUCGUAAAUGAAGCCACCUUCACUCCAGACGGCCACCACAUCAUCAGCGCGUCCUCAGACGGGACAGUCAAGGUGAGAGUGGAAGCUGCAACAUCUCCAUGAAUCCCGCUGAUACGCGGUUUGUCCUGUACCUCAUCUCUCUGUCUCUGGAUCUGCUUCAGGUGUGGAACAUGAAGACCACAGAGUGCUCCAACACCUUCAAGCCUCUGGGCACAUCAGCGGGCACAGACAUCACAGUGAAUAACGUCGUCCUGCUGCCCAAGAACCCGGAGCACUUUGUCGUGUGUAACCGCUCCAACACGGUGGUCAUCAUGAACAUGCAGGGACAGGUCAGUCUAUGUUUGGAUCACUCUGUUAUCUGCUAACAGAGGGACAGCAGGUCGCUCUGCAGCCUUCACCGGUUUGAUCACAUUUGGUAUUGAUUGUGAAUCUAGUCGUUGUUUUAGGCUGAUUGUGAUUUCUUUUUCAUACGGAGAAGUGGACGACAAACUGGUGUAGCUUUUUUUAAGGUGUUUGCUUUUGCUCCGUUUUCACCCACCUGCUUUCUACAGAUCGUGAGGAGUUUCAGCUCCGGUAAGAGGGAAGGUGGUGACUUCGUGUGCUGCACUCUGUCGCCCCGCGGCGAGUGGAUCUACUGCGUGGGAGAAGACUUUGUGCUUUACUGCUUCAGCACAGUCACCGGCAAACUGGAGAGAACACUGACGGUGCGUCUCUGAACUUGAUCAAACUUCACAUCAUGUUCCCUCCUCUGCUUCUGCCUCAAAGUCCUGACUUCAGUUUUCUUUUUUUGUUUUAUCCAAACCCUAAAAGUGAGACAGAAGUAGAUCUUUAAGUGAGCUGCAGUUGAACAGGAUAAGAAAGAGUUGUUAAAGCUGCCUUAUUAUAGAGAUAAAUAUCCUCCUGCUCAUUUUUGCGCCUCCUCUCUCCAGGUCCACGAAAAGGACGUGAUCGGUAUCGCCCACCAUCCCCAUCAGAACCUGAUCGGCACCUACAGCGAAGACGGUCUGCUGAAGCUCUGGAAGCCUUGA